CGCCAUGACAGUAGUCGUAUUUUCUCUAAACUGCAACAACAAUUAUUCUCCCGUGUAUUUUUGUAAAAUUAUCGAGGUUCCAGACCCGGUUCAUACCCUAUUCGGCACUCAUACUGCCCCGGGUUUUUCCUAGUUUCAUUCGGUGAUAUUUGUCGACGCGGUAGUCGCGGUGCGUGGCCAUUAUCGAGGGAUUUGCUUGUGGGUACCUGUGGCGAGGUGAGGUGUUGGAGAGGCGUCCCCCCUCGCGUCGGGACGCACGUCCCCGGCCUCGACGACCGAGAUGCCAGCCCCGCCAACAACAGCAAACACGUCAAGGAACGAUGAGCUACAGAUGACGAUUGUCAACAAUCCUCAUUGAACGAAGAUGAACGGGGAGCAGCAUGCACUGCCAGCGACUACGCAGGGGCAGCAAGAGGAAGUAAACGUGGGUCAAAGUGGUCGCCCUUCGUAUCCAAGUGGAUUGACCACUGGCUCUGGUCUUGGGAACGUAGGAAGUAUUCCCCAUUCGUCGGCAGAUCUGCGCGUAGGUACAGCCGUAGCCUUAGCCUCUUCGGUAGCUAAAUAUUGGGUCCUGACCAAUCUCUUUCCUGGGGCACCGCUUCCUCAGGUUUCGGUAUAUCACCACGCCCACCAUAAUUCCUCGCAUCGAACCGCCGCUGGAGACACGGCAAAUAAAGAAUCAGCAUCUGCGUUAUCUCAAGAAAUGGCAUUGGCUCAGAACUCUCAUCAGCAAGCAUCUACUUCGCAUCAUCAUCAGCAAACUUCGGUUAAUACCAACAAUCAACAUAACUCCCUGCACCCAAAUGCACAGAUUCCAGUAUCGCUGCCUGGUCUCAGUUUAGACGGUACCCAUAUAACCCCAAGUGUCAGCCAUUUGCAUGCGGCACAUGCACAAAUGCAGCAACAAAUGCAGUCCCAGCAGCAAUUGCAUCAGCAGCAACAGCAGCAGCAACAACAACAGCAGCAGCAGCAGCAACAACAGCAGCAACAACAGCAGCAACAACAACAACAACAGCAGCAGCAAUCACAUCAUCAAAUGCAAAAUCAUCAGACUAGUCAAAAUAGUGGGCACAGUCCGCCAAACCAGCCAAGUAAUCAACGGGAUGAAAAUAAAGUGAAAGAUGAAGGUGGAAGUUGUACUACUGAGAGAUGCAGUGAUAAUCAAGUACACUGUCAGGUUCAGUGCGACCUCCAGUUGCAACCACAGGCACAAGCCGACAUGCAACAGAAUUUAAUGCAGCAACAGCAGCAGCAGCAGCAACAACAACAACAACAACAACAACAACAGCAGCAGCAGCAACAAAUUGGGGUCAAUAUAGGAGGAAAUAGUUCUGCAGAUGGUGCAAAUCAGAACAAUUCUGACGGUAUGAAAACUGAGAAAGAAAAGGAAAUGCGUCAGCACAGUAUGGCACAAUUCCAGUUACCUGAUCUGAAACCUGGAGGACAUAUGAUGGAUGUAAGAACAGCCGAUGGUUCAGUAGUCAAAAUAAGUGCUGGUAGCGAACAGGAUCUUGCGAAGACACUGGGCGUUGAGAUGGUACAGAAUAUGUACAAGGUCAACGUCGAGGAUAUAAAUCAACUUUUGGCAUACCACGAAGUUUUCGGUAAACUACAGAGUGAAAUAGCUGCUGGAACAACAUUGGUAGGUGGUACUGUACCGACCCAAACAGUAACUACAAUACAAAACGGCACUCCGAUCGUGCAACAGGUUCAGUUGAAUAAAUUUGAUAUAAAAACAAGUGACGGAGAAGCAACCCCGGGACCAAGCGCAUCUCCUGUCUCCGUUGGUAGUCACGCCUGCGAAGUAUGUGGAAAAAUAUUUCAAUUUCGCUAUCAACUUAUUGUACAUCGGAGAUAUCAUACGGAGCGCAAGCCGUUUACAUGUCAGGUUUGUGGUAAAGCGUUUACCAAUGCCAAUGACCUCACACGCCAUGGUAAAUGCCAUCUUGGAGGUUCCAUGUUCACCUGCGCGGUCUGUUUUCACGUAUUUGCUAACGCCCCAUCACUGGAACGACACAUGAAGAGACAUGCUACUGACAAACCUUACAAUUGUACCGUUUGUGGAAAAAGUUUCGCCAGGAAGGAACACUUGGACAACCACACUCGAUGUCACACAGGCGAAACGCCUUAUAGAUGUCAGUAUUGCGCUAAGACGUUCACCAGGAAGGAGCACAUGGUUAAUCACGUUCGCAAACAUACCGGUGAGACACCACAUCGAUGUGACAUAUGCAAGAAGAGUUUUACAAGAAAAGAGCAUUUUAUGAACCACGUUAUGUGGCAUACAGGGGAAACUCCUCAUCACUGCCAGGUCUGUGGAAAGAAGUAUACUCGCAAGGAGCAUCUCGCCAAUCACAUGCGAUCCCACACCAACGAUACGCCCUUUCGCUGUGAAAUUUGUGGUAAGUCGUUCACACGGAAGGAGCACUUCACGAACCACAUAAUGUGGCAUACCGGCGAGACACCGCAUCGCUGUGAUUUCUGCUCAAAGACGUUCACUCGGAAGGAGCACCUCUUGAACCACGUUCGCCAGCACACGGGUGAGUCCCCACACCGAUGCGGCUUCUGCUCCAAAUCGUUCACCAGAAAGGAACACCUUGUUAAUCACAUCCGCCAACACACAGGGGAGACGCCAUUCCGCUGCCAGUACUGCCCGAAGGCGUUCACUCGUAAGGAUCACUUGGUUAAUCACGUCAGGCAGCACACGGGUGAGUCACCGCACAAGUGCCAGUAUUGCACCAAAUCGUUCACGCGGAAGGAACAUUUGACCAAUCACGUGCGUCAACACACAGGCGAAUCGCCACACCGAUGUCACUUCUGCUCGAAGUCGUUUACUCGAAAGGAGCACCUGACCAAUCACGUUCGUAUCCAUACUGGGGAAUCGCCACACAGAUGCGAGUUCUGCCAGAGGACCUUUACUAGGAAAGAACAUCUUAACAAUCAUCUUCGCCAACAUACCGGCGAAUCGUCACAUUGCUGCAACGUAUGCUCCAAACCAUUCACCAGAAAAGAACAUCUUGUGAAUCACAUGAGAUGUCAUACAGGCGAACGUCCGUUCGUUUGCACCGAAUGCGGCAAAAGCUUCCCUCUUAAAGGAAAUCUCUUGUUCCACAUGCGAUCCCACAACAAAGGCAGCAACGCGGAAAGACCGUUCAGAUGCGAUCUGUGCCCGAAAGAUUUUAUGUGCAAAGGACACUUGGUGUCCCAUAGACGCUCUCAUUCGGACGAAAGACCGCACAGCUGCCCGGAUUGUGGAAAAACGUUUGUUGAAAAAGGAAAUAUGUUGAGGCAUCUCAGAAAACAUGCAGCUGAGGGACCGCCGACACAAGUCAGCACACCUUCGGCUAUUCCUCAACCAGGAGUUCUCCCUAUUCCUACAGCUGCUGUUUUAGUUGGGCAUCCGUUGGCUCCACCAGCUCCACCGGUUGUGCCCCAACAUACCGUCGUUGUGCCGACACCACCUGGAGUGUUAACGUCGUAUUAAUGAAAUCGCGAACGAUUAUUAACGUUUUAUUAACACAGUGGAUAUAUGUGACAUAAAUUAGUGUUAACUAAUUAUAUAUACAUACAUAUAUAAUACAUACAUAUAUAUAUACAUAUUAUAAAUAGUCGCUUGGCGUGAAAUCUUUGACCCCUUUCUUCUUUUUCUUUUUUGUCAAUUCAUUGAAUUCUUAUACUUCGUAUUUAACCAUCAUGUGUAUACAAAAAGAAUUUUGGCACAUUGAUUAUUACUCUAAAAAAAGAAAUGAUUUUAAAGUCGUUACCAAGGCGGCUAUAGACGGUGGGCAAUUUCAUGUUUAGUGAGUUGAUAGUGUCACUGAGUGAUUGGUAUUCAAAUUUAAUACUUUUAAUCUCGAAGUGAACAGCGUACAUGAUUAACACAAUAUCAUUGAACUGACGUUAAGGGAAAUUUUUAUAAUACCUGAAUUAUCCGACUUAAAUCUACAGUUCAAGAAUGCGAGCGCUUUGUACUUGGCUCGCAAAUUUUAGAACAUGUUGAAUAUCCUUGAGUUAUGUAUAUAAAUCUAAUCUGUCUGUUGAAAGAUGUGCAACUUAGCGAUUGCGAUAUUAAUAAAGUAGAAAUGUUGUAAGAUCUCGCACAUUUUAAUGAAAACAUGAAUUUCGUAUUCCUCUGAAUUGACUAAUUU